AUGACUAUUUCAUCUGCUCAUCCAGAAACAGAACCCAAAUGGUGGAAAGAAGCCACCGUCUAUCAAAUCUACCCCGCAAGUUUCAAAGACUCGAACAACGAUGGCUGGGGUGAUAUGAAAGGUAUUGCCUCCAAGUUGGAGUACAUCAAAGAUCUCGGUGCCGAUGCUAUCUGGAUUUCGCCAUUCUACGACUCGCCACAAGACGACAUGGGUUACGAUAUUGCCAACUACGAGAAGGUCUGGCCAACCUACGGGACCAACGAGGACUGCUUCGCCUUGAUUGAGAAGACCCAUAAGUUAGGUAUGAAGUUUAUCACCGAUUUGGUCAUCAACCAUUGUUCCAGUGAACACGAGUGGUUUAAGGAGAGUAGGUCCUCCAAGACCAAUCCAAAACGUCACUGGUUCUUCUGGAAAGCACCUAAGGGUUACGACGUCGAUGGUGCUCCAAUCCCACCAAACAACUGGAGAUCAUACUUCGGGGGUUCCGCAUGGACUUUCGACGAAACAACAAACGAGUUUUACUUGCGUUUGUUUUGCUCCACCCAGCCUGAUCUCAACUGGGAGAACGAAGACUGCAGAAAGGCAAUCUACGAAAGCGCUGUUGGAUACUGGUUAGACCACGGCGUUGACGGUUUCAGAAUCGAUGUGGGGAGUUUGUACUCCAAAGUUGUUGGUUUACCAGACGCUCCUGUCAUUGACGAGAACACAAAAUGGCAGGCCAGUGAUGCUUUCACAAUGAAUGGACCACGUAUCCACGAAUUCCACCAAGAAAUGAACAAGUUUAUCAGAGAGAGAGUCACUGAUGGUAGAGAAAUUAUGACAGUUGGUGAAAUGCAAUAUGCUUCCGAUGAAACCAAGAAGCUAUACACAAGCGCCUCUAGACACGAGAUAGGCGAGUUGUUUAACUUCUCACACACCGAUGUUGGAACAUCGCCAUUGUUCCGUUACAAUUUGGUUCCCGCAGACUUGAAAGACUGGAAAAUAGCACUUGCAGAGCUAUUUAGAUAUAUCAAUGGCACAGACUGUUGGUCGACUAUUUAUCUAGAAAACCAUGACCAGCCUCGCUCUAUUACAAGAUUUGGGGACGACUCUCCAAAAACCCGUGUAAUCUCUGGUAAACUACUGUCCGUUCUGUUGACUGCUUUGACUGGGACCCUAUAUGUCUACCAGGGACAGGAGCUGGGCCAAAUCAAUUUUAAAAACUGGCCUAUUGAAAAUUACGAAGAUGUGGAUAUUAGAACCAACUACCAAGUUAUCAGGAAGGAACAUGGGGAAAAUUCAGAAGAGAUGAAGAAGUUUUUGGAAGCCAUUGCCCUCAUCUCCAGAGACCAUGCCAGAACCCCUAUGCCUUGGACUCAUGAAGAGCCAAAUGCUGGCUUCUCCGGGCCUACUGGCAAGCCAUGGUUCUACUUGAACGAAUCUUUCAGGGAGGGAAUCAACGUCGAAGACGAGCAAAAGGAUCCAAACUCUGUGUUAGCUUUCUGGAAGGAAGCUUUGAGAUUUAGAAAGGCACACAAGGAUAUCACCGUUUAUGGCUAUGAUUUCGAGUUCAUCGACUUGGACAACAAGAAACUGUUCAGUUUCACCAAGAAGUACGAGAAUAAGACUUUGCUUGCGGCCCUGAACUUUAGCUCCGAAAACGUGGACUUUACGAUUCCAAAUGAUAGCUCCUCGUUUAAGUUGGAGUUUGGAAACUUCCCAAAGAAGGAGGUAGAUGCCUCUUCCAGGACUUUGAAGCCAUGGGAGGGUAGAAUUUACAUCUCUGAGUGA